AUGGGUGAUGAAGAUAACGAAGUUGGUCUUCCUCAAAAGGGUCUCAAUAUGAUUAUCAAAGAUGUGAUACCGGAGAUGAGAGUGGCCAAUGAAUCGCGUGAACUGCUGAAUGCUUGUUGUGUGGAGUUUGUUAGACAUAUAUCACGGGAGGCGCAGCGUAUUUCGGCAGAUGAUCAGCGCAAAACUAUAUAUCAUGAACAUGUGCAAAAAGCUCUAAUAAAUUUGGCUUUCCCAUAUGAUUAUGUUGAAGCAGCGGACAGUGUGCUUAGUGAGUGUAAAAUAGCAGCGGAAAAUAAAUUAAAACGAAAAAAUUCACGACUGGAUAAAUGUGGUAUUCCGGAAGAUCAGUUAUAUUUGAUGCAACAGGAGCUUAUUGAAAAGGCUCGUCAGGAACAACUUGAAGCGGAAGCAGCGGAAAUGAAUCGACUUCAACAAGAAAAUAGAGGACUACAACGAUCACUUAGCGAACUGCUGUCGAAGGAUGAAGAUGAUGAAGAUUAUGAUACUGCUUAA